AUGUUGAUUCCUCCUAAUCGUCCGGGUGGUUUUGGUUAUCCACCAAAUGGUAUGAUGCGUUCAAACGGUCCACAAAUAGGACCAGAACCUCUUCGCUAUAGAGCAGGAAGAAGCACUUAUCUUCCGAAUGGACAACCUGUUUAUAUUCCUAUGACAAGAGCCGAACUUCAUAAUACUACUAUUCUUCCCCAGUACGAUGCACCUAUCGUUAGUGCAAUGUCACCUGGUGUCGGCUUUAGUGUCCCAAUAUAA